AUGGUAGUUGAAAAAAAAGAUAACCAAGACAAAGUAAACGGUGGAAAAGACUGUUUACCUAAUUUGUCAAAAAAGUUGGUCCACGCCGGAGACUGCAAUAAAAAUAACAAUUUGACUGCUUCAAAGAGUAGCAGUGAUGAAAAAGAGUUAGCGACUAUGCACCUCUUAAAACCGAAACGCGGUCGAAAAGCUAGAGCUAUUGACCCAGAAUUGGACUUUACGGGAAGUGAACCUGUCUUAGCGCUGGAAACAAAAAAAGAUACCAAUAACGACCUGGUUGAUAUUGUACAUGAGUCGGCGAGAGAACCAGUUGGUGAAUGUGAAAAUACAGCCGUAAGAAAUAAUUCCAUCAGUAAACAAGAAUUUGCAGACAUG